GAAGAAUUUACUACAAGAACAGAACUUACCCCGGAAUUACCUGUGCCAAAGAUGAUCGCUGAACAACAAGCCCUACUCCUACAAGCAAUCCAGAAGUUGUUGGAAAAAGACAACUCGGCUCCAAUAUUUCGUGCGCGUAUACGUGAACCAGACACGUAUCACGGUGACCGCAGCCUAGAUGCUGCAUUGAACUAGGUCUCGGCGGUGGAGCGAUAUCUGACGAUGGCCAAGCUAGGCGAACACGAAUGGAUCGGAUACGCGGUGACUUUACUACGUGGUGAGGCGGAAACAUGGUGGCGACAACAAGAGGCGCGGGUGACGAUUGACGAGUGGCGAGAAUUCAAGAAGCGGUUGCUGGCGACUUUCAAUCCUCCAAAUGCAGCACAACUUGCCCGUGACCAACUUGCCGCAGUAGCACAAACGGGAACGGUAGCAACUUACGUUGCGCAGUUUUAGGCAGCCUGGUCCUCCAUGCCUUCCAUGUCCGAUGAGGAAGCACUCGAUCGUUUCCAGCGUGGCCUCCACCCCACUAUUCGCAUGCAAAUCUUGACUCGAUUCCCAUCAUCUACGGAUGAAGCGAUGAAGUUGGCGCUUGCGGUUGAAGGUGUUCAACAAACAAGUCAGGUGGUGAUGCAGCAAGCACAAGGUUUCCAGGCUUCGCAGCCCCUCCUCCAGCAACAACAACAGUUCGUGCAGCAUUCACAUGCACAGCAACAACCGCUCGUACCUGAGUAUCUUCGUUCGUCUGGUGUGGCGCCUAUGGAUCUGGAUGCCAUUCGCGCAAAAAGUGAUGGUCAUUGGUAUUCGUCUGGUCGUGGUGGUUCGAAUUGGAGGCAACAAGGCAAUGAUCGUAAUAAUGGCGGCACUAGCAAGGGUUGUUACAACUGUGGUGGCUGGGGACACAUAUCUUGCAACUGUCCAUCUCCCCGUCGCAACCGCCAACAGCAGAGUCGUUCUCCAAGCUAGGGAAAAGGCCAAGCGCGUCGGGAUUAAAGGGAGUCCCUUCGCGCUCAUUUCCAUCCCUUAAUGUCGUCCGAGCUGAAUCCGUGUCGGUCCCCGAGGCCGAGUUGAUUGAUCUGUCCGAAGAUCGUGCCCAGGAUGCGCAG